GUUGUCUCUGUUAGGAAGCCCACCCCCUUGUGGUUAACACUCAGGGCUCCAAAGUGUUACCCUCACACUGGGGCUGGGCAUUAAUUUAAAUGGCGACCGAUCUGUCCGAAGCGGAUCCCGCACACCGUAAGACGCUUGCACUCUUAACGGCCGCUCCCCUGGACAAGUUCAGUGAGAAGGCCGAGGACGAUACCAUGCCAAUCCGCAGGGCUGUGAAUUCUUCUGCUCGGGAAACCCCUCCCAAAAGCAAGCCUGCUGAAGCAGAAGAGGCCAAACCAGAACCUGAUGUCAGUUCCGAGGAAUCUGCUUCCACCGUAGAGGAGCGGGGGAACGAAACGCCGUCAGCCACCAAGGAGUGUGGGCAGACCUCCCGAAGCGAGCCUCGAGGCUGGGAGGGAAAAGGCAGGCGAGAAGAGAAGGAUGCAGCAAAAGAGAAGGAGAAGAAAGUGAAGAAGACCAUUCCUGCCUGGGCGACCCUCUCAGCCAGCCAGCUAGCCAGAGCUCAGAAGCAGACGCAGAUGGCAGCCUCCUCCCGCCCCAAGAUGGAUGCCAUUCUGAUCGAGGCCAUCAAGGCCUGCUACCAGAAAGGAGGGGCCUCGGUCGUGGCCAUUCGUAAGUACAUCAUCCACAAGUACCCGUCGCUGGAGCUGGAGAGAAGAGGCUACCUCCUGAAGCAGGCCCUGAAGAGGGAACUGGAGAGGGGAGUCAUUCGACAGGUGAAAGGAAAGGGGGCUUCUGGGAGCUUUGUGGUGACCCCAAACUCAGGGAAAACGGCUCCAAAAUCCAGAGAACGGAAGAGGAGCACUUCAGCCUCUGGUCCGGAGCAGCAAGUCAAGCUCGAAGACGUCCUCCCGCUGGCCUUCACCCGCCUCUGUGAGCCGAAGGAGGCGUCCUACAGCCUGAUUAAAAAAUAUGUCUCCCAAUAUUACCCCAAGCUGAAGGUGGAUGUGAGGCCCCAGUUGCUGAAGAACGCCCUGCAGAGAGCAGUGGAGAAGGGGCAGCUGGAGCAGAUCACGGGCAAAGGGGCUUCCGGGACAUUCCAGCUGAAGAAAUCAGGGGAGAAGCCACUGCUGGGCGGGAGCCUGAUGGAGGAUGCGAUCCUGUCUGCCAUCGCGGCCAUGAAUGAGCCCAAGACCUGCUCCACCACUGCCCUGAAGAAAUAUGUCUUAGAGAAGCAUCCAGGGACAAACACCAGCCUCCAGGUCCACUUACUGAAGAGGACCCUGCAGAAGUGUGAGAAGAACGGCUGGAUGGAGCAGAUCUCCGGGAAGGGCUUCAGCGGCACUUUCCAACUCUGCUUCCCCUACUACCCCAGCCCUGGAGUUCUGUUCCCAGACAAACAGAAAGAGGACAGUUCGGAGGAGGAAGAGGAGGAGUCUGAGUCUGAGGAGGAAGAGUCUGAGGAGGAGGAGUCUGAGGAGGAAGAGCCCCCUCCCAAGAAAAGGGUGCAGAAGAGGCCCCCGCCAAAAGCACGGAACAGGGCCCCCCCGGUGAAGCGGCGAGAGGCCAAGCCCAAGCCACGCAAGGCCCCCACAGUGCGCCGUGGGAAAGCCAGCCCCCCCCCACCUGCGGCCAAAACCCCUGCCAAAAAAGCCAAGCCAACGCCCCAUGCCGUAGCCCCAAGAAGCCUCUGCGCUUGUGAUCCUGCCCCCAAGAAGCCAGCUGUCAAGCCAUGGGGAAGGGAGGUGAAGCCCCUGCCAAGGAACCAGAGCAAGACCAAAAGUCAAUGCUUGCCAAGUCCCAGAGGGCAAGGAAGUGAGCGCGCUUCCGGGCAGAGGAGCCUGCCCUCUUCGGGCCCCCCUACACCUCGAGUUGCUUUGUAUGGUCAAAACGCCCUUGUAUCUUAGUUCAACGCGUACCUAGUUCUCUCUCUCUCUUUCCUUUCCCCUCCCUUCCUUGAGCUGGGGAGAAAAAGCAGAACCUCCCAACGCCGGCAGAGUCUGCCUUUCCCUGAGCACUCGGGUCUGAGCCGGGCCUCCCCUCUCCCUCCCUCUCUGGCCUCAGAACCAACCUCUGGCAGCCCAGGGCUCCCCCGAAGCAAACGUUUCUUUGUACAGGGGUUGCAAAGCAAAUUUCUAUAUUUCUAGAAAGCGGAAGCCGCUGCUUUGGGGGGGGGGGGGCAGAGGUGACGGCCAGGAGGGGCCUUCUUGCUCUGGCUUGGGGAAGGCCCCCCCUGGGUUUCCAGACUGGUCUUUUCCCAUAAGAACCUGGAGGGGAAUCUGGGCCCUGCCGGGGCUGGUUUCGUGCUUAGCUUAGUUGCUUGCCUUCUCCCCCCGCCUCCCCCCCCAUCCCCAGGAGUUGCUUCUCCGUCUGUUAAAAAAAGGUUGUCACGAACUCAACUUUUGAAACGUGUUCUUUUUAAAGAGAGACGAGGAAUCUGCAUUUUUCUGUCACUUGCUGCCCCCUUUUUUAAUGGAAAAAAGCAUAAGAAAUGUCAAGAGAAUUAUCUGUUUGCUCUGUUUGCUCACGUAGAGCCAAUAAGGAACGGAUUUGCUGUUUGCUAAAUAAAACCGAGACUUGAA